CCCGCCAUUUUGAAAACCUUGUUGAUUCCGGCCCGGGGACAGUGUGAGCGCGAGACGUGAAGCGCGCGCCUGUCCCCGCCCCCAUCCCGGUAAUUGUGAACUGUCGCCUCCAGCCGCCGCCCACACGGGCGAGAGGAGCCGGACCCCGCCGAGCCGAGAGUCACUCACCAUGUCUUCCUCAAAAGAAGAUAUAAUGUCUGCUGAACAAACAGAUGAGAGAGAACCUGAAACUGAAAACAAAAUUGAGGAAAGUGAUGAGGAAGAGGAGGAGGAGGAAGAAGAAGAAAAAGAAAAGAGUCUCAUUGUUGAAGGGAAGAGAGAGAAGAAAAAAGUAGAGAGAUUGACCAUGCAGGUAUCCUCGUUACAAAGGGAACCUUUUACAAUUGCACCAGGAAAGGGACAAAAACUUUGCGAAAUUGAAAGGAUACAGUUUUUUUUGAGUAAGAAGAAAACAGAUGAACUCAGAAAUCUACACAAACUCCUUUACAACAGGCCAGGCACAGUUGCCUCACUAAAGAAGAACGUGGGUCAGUUCAGCGGGUUUCCAUUUGAAAAAGGAAGUGAUCAAUAUAAAAAAAAGGAAGAAAUGUUAAAAAAAUUCAGGAAUGCCAUGUUGAAAAGUAUCUGUGAGGUUCUUGAUUUGGAAAGAUCGGGAGUUAAUAAUGAACUGGUUACCAGAAUCUUAAACUUCUUAAUGCACCCAAAACCUUCAGGCAAGCCAUUGCCAAAGUCCAAAAAAACACCCAGCAAAGGCGGCAAAAAAGAACGCAGUAGCUCAGGAACUGCACGAAAAGCAAAACGCACCAAAUGUCCUGAGAUUUUGUCGGAUGAAUCUAGUAGUGAGGAGGAGGAUGAAAAGAAAGAGAAGGCUGAAUCUUCUGAAGAAGAUAAAGAGAGUGAAGAGGAGCAACCUAAGAAAGCAUCUAAAAAAGAAAAACCUAAGCAAAAGAUGACUUCGAAAAACAAGAAAGCUGUGAAAAGUGCUAAUGUCAAGAAAGCAGAUAGCAGCACUACAAAGAAGAAUCAGAACAGCUCGAAAAAAGAUUUAGAAAGUGAGUCUGAGGAUAGUUCAGAUGACGAACCUUUAAUUAAAAAGUUGAAGAAACCACCUACAGAUGAAGAUCUUAAGGAAACUGUCAAGAAGUUAUUGGCCAAUGCAAAUUUGGAGGAAGUAACAAUGAAACAGAUUUGCAAAGAGGUAUAUGAAAGUUAUCCCAGUUAUGACUUGUCUGAAAGGAAAGAUUUCAUCAAAAAGACAGUUAAAGAGUUGAUUUCAUGAUCUAAUUUGACUGGAGGAAAUGAAAACUGCUGACUUAUCUUCCCAUGGAUUUGAAGAUGAUAGACACCAGCAAAAAGAAUGUUUGUGAUAUAUUAUGUUUAGUCAGCGCUGAUUCUGCGGACAGAGUAUCAGUGUAAAUUGCUUUGUGUACCUUUUUAAUAAUUGCAUUUGAUGCAGGUUUUAGUUAACUUGCUUACAUUUUUUUGUGCAUGGCAAUAAAUGUUCCCUUUUUAUA